UUUUCCUCUCUUGCCUUCUUUUUUUGCUUUUUAAAUUCCAUGGCAAUUCGCUCAACUUUUUGGGCAUCGAACUAUUUCACUCGGUGCUGCCACACGCAAUUGUUUGUCAUAAUCACAUUUUUUUUGCCACUUCUUUUUCUCUGCACAUCUUCAGCUGCAUAUUUGGUGCAUUUCAAGUCAUUGACUCAUUGUUAAUAUUAACAUAUUACUAAUGUUUAACAAUUGUUCUAACAUCUGGCAGUAGUAAAUAGUGUUUGUAUUUUUCUCAUCGUCUAGUAGUGAUUAGAAGGACUAAUACGCAAAAAUAAAUGCGACGUUGCCUUUUCUGUGGGUCUCGCUCACUUUUUCUGUUAUGCUUUGCAGCUGUUGCAAGCCAGUCAACCAGUCAGCCAGAAGGCCUGCCGUCCUCAGAGAGAGCUGCGCCAAAAAAGCAGCCAGCGCCCACUGAACUGCUGCUGCCUGAGGGUUGGAAGCAGACACUCCCGAAAGAGCAGCACUUGUGGGUCAGCAAGGCUCUCUUUAGCAGAGAGAAGUCUGGGAGGUUGGCACUGACCAAAAAUCUGCGUCUGUGGUGGUCUCCCCCUGGACCCCGUCCUCUUUAUUCUCAGCCUCCUUCCAAACCCGACGCAUUCUUUCAUAGCAGGCUGUUCCUCUGGGUUCCCUACCGCAUGUGGGCAUACAAGCUGCUGUGCUCCCAGCCCAACUGCCGUCGCCGUGGGGUCCAGCUUACAGCUUGUGGUAUGUACAAGACCGUCAGAAGAGUCUUGGACCUAAAUGGGUGGUACUUCAUGGCGACCGAGUACCUCGAAUGCCGGUCCUGCAAGAAGAAGCUGGCAGCCUGGUCGCGAGACAUCCUGAACCAGUUGGAUCCCAGCCACCGUGAUCAGUUUCCUGCAGUCCUAACCUACAGGUUGUCUUGCGAUAGGGAGGUUGUGAGAUUGCUGCGGGGGCGCACGCUGGGGAACAGUGCCACGGCUCUGUAUAGGCACCUGUGCGUCAGACACAAAGAGCAUUGGCUGAGCCAGUCAGCAUUGUACCUGUCUGUGCUGAAGACUUUCGUGACUCAGGACACUGAUCCCAGCCGUCUCGUUGCCCCACUGCCGCAGAUGGUGCCCGUGCCUGGUCCAUCUUGGCUGUUGUCCGUGUACGCUAAAGACAUACUGACACGGCUUCCUGAGCUAAAGGCCCGGGUCACCUCCGUCUAUGGCUCCAUCUUAAAGAUGGAUUCCACCAAAAAGAUCACCAAGAAGUUAGCAGGUGACGCUGCUGGCACCGCUGCGUGGGUGACAGAUGUGGGGAACGAAAUUGGACAAGUCCUCAUGUGCGUCCUCACAGAAAGAGAGGGAAACGGCCUGCUGCCCAUGUGUUCCGGACUCGUGGAUCGCUACCGGCGAGCUGGAGAAGCUCCUCCGCAAGUCCUUUACGUGGACCGGGACUGCUGCUCCGCAGGAGGUAAAGGCAAGGCGGCGGCGAUGUUCAGCGAGUGGGACCAGCUGGUGGUCAGGCUGGAUUUGUGGCAUUUUAUGCGCCGCAUUGCAGUCGGCGUCACCACAGAUUGCCACCCGCUGUACGGGCCCUUCAUGGGACGCCUCUCGGCCUGCAUCUUCGAGUGGGAUGCUGGCGAUGUUGAGAGGCUGAAGGAGGCCUGUGACUGCAAGCCCACCGCUCAAGAAUUGGCAAGGCACUGUCGUCGCCGCACUCGUGGGGCACGGGAGACUAAGGAGCUGAUCGAACAGCUUCUCGAGGACUUCAUGGAGGCAACGGACACAAUGGGAGUCGGGCUCUUUGACAAGGACAGGAUGAACGAGAUCUGGCGGACACAGCAGCGGCACAUCGACUGUAUCCAGGACCCGCCAGGUGCGCAGCUCUACAGAAAGAUAGGGCAGGUGACAAAAGGGGGGGUCAUUCUGCCCCAGUAUCGCUGCGCACGUGGCUCGACGUCCUUGGAGUCCUUCCACCUGCACCUGAACCGCUUUGUGCCAGGAACAAGUGCAAAUGAUCUUCAUUUUCAGAUGUACUUGCUGGAAGGGCUUGUACAGUGGAAUGAGGCUCGUGCGGUUGCUGCCGUCGAAGGUGGCAGCAGAAAGGAUAUCUGCUACGGUGGCCAGCUGCAGCGGUACGCCAACACCCUGAGCCAGCAGUUUAUGGGCCUUAAUUUGGCGGAGGACUACACCAGCCCUGGCGAAUACACGGGUGAACUCAUUGGUGUGGAAUAUUUAUAUUCCCAAACGAGUAUCACUUUUGGGGAAGACUUUGGUGACGACCCUGAUAUUCCAGAUGGGAUUCAGGAGCAAGACCUUGAGAGUGAUCUGGAGAGUGAUGAGGGGUUUGCGGAUAUUGACAUGGAUGGUGAGCCCCUCGAAAUCAUGGCGCUCAGCUUAGAGCCCCCAGAGCAAGUACAGCAGCAGGCAGAGGCCAUACAACCUCGUGGUCCGUCAUCGGCACAGACAGAGUCUUCCCUGAGAGAUGAGCCGCCCACUCAGAGCCAGGGGGUGCCGAGUCAUGCGGCAGAGUCUUCCUUGCCUGAGCCCACGAUAGAUGAGCCACCCACUCAGGGCCAGAUGGAGAGCCUGGGACCAGAUGGCAAACCUGGUUAUGACCACGUCGUCAGGUUAGCCAACAGUCUGGUGGAUCUCAGAAGUAAGGGGUUCAUCACACAGCAGAAGGUGGAUGAGAUUGUUACUCUCUGGGAUAAACUGUCAGAGGAUGACAAGGGAGCUCUCAUCUACCCAGCUCGCCACCGUGAGAGGCUGGUGAAGGGGCGCUUCAAAGUCAGUCACUCGAAGACAAAUGUGACCCCCGGAGCUGACAGUUUGAAGCGCUGCUUCCUUGGUGAAGGCAGUGGACCUGCUCAGUGGCCCAAUGCCAGCCGUCUUGUGGAGGCUGUCUGUCUGGCUCUAUGCCGAAUUUACCCUGCUCGUCAGACAGUGGCCGGUGUCAGGGUGAACAGGUGGGCUGCCAUCCUGCGUGACUACAGAAUUAUAAGGGAUGUAGUCCUGGACAGCCCCAGACUCAUGGCUGAAACACAGUUGCAGCUGUUUGAGUUAAAUCAGCAGACUCUUUCACAAUGGCACAAUGCACGGAUAAAAAAGCAGGAGAGCGAGGUCUUGCAGCAGGGCAUUCGGACCUUUGCCAGUCCCUUGGUGGCCUCUGAACCUCUCCCACCUGUGAUGUUUAAGCACGUUGAACCGGUCCGGCAUGGGCACCCAGCCUACGAGUUCGACAUUCCUGCAGAUGCAUCGGGACAGGCAGCGCAGCGUGUUCGAGGCCAACCCUCUUCAGUGGGCGCAGCGGCUGUUGCCAUGCCUGCUGCAGCACAGGUCCGAGGCCAGCCUCCUCCAGUCCAGGUGGGCUUUGCGGUCCCUGACACAGCCCACUUGCGUCAAGCUACAGACACUGCAGCUAUUGCUGUACCUGCUGCUACACCCCCUGGUCCAAAGGUGCCGAGAACCACAGCUUGGCGGCGGAGGAAGGCGGCAGAGGCGGCAGAGGCAGCUGCAGCACAAGGUGCGACAAAGAAAAAGAGGCAACAGACAGAACAAUACGUUUGUCAAAAGUGUGGCCAACCAAAGACUAAAGAGUUUGGCCACAGUCAGUUUCGAGGGGUUCAUUUUUGUGCAAAAACCUCAGGAAAAACUGUUGAGCAGUGGACUGAGGAGAUGAGAAGGGGACAACGCUGAAUUAUAUAUUUUAUAUAUAUAUAUAUAUAUAUACAGACAUGUACAUAUUGUUUUAUAGUUUGUUUAUUUAUGGUUGUUUCUGUAUAUAUUUAAUAUUAAUAAAAGCUUGCCCGUUUCUCAUUAAUGCGGACGUCUCUGCUUUAUUAAAUAUUUAUAUAUUUAAUGUGCAUUGUGCAAUCCCCCAAGGCUUAAAGAACAUAAGUGUAUUAAGAAAGCACUUUAAAAAAACUUU